UGAUAAACGGGAUUGGAACCAGUGCUUUGGGAAAAUGACCUGAACAUAGAGCUCUUUGGCCAUGCGCAUCAGUGGUGGGUUUGGAGUUGAAAUGAGAAUGCAAAUGCCUUCUCAUCACAAGUACCUGGAGAGGAUUGCAAUCACCACACAUCACCAGGUGUGCUCUUAUACAUUCUGUCUGUGCCGUCUCAGGGGGGAGCACAUGUAGCCUAGUCUACAGACAAGCCUACUUGCCUUUGUCCUACAGCCUAGUAGUGUUUUUUUGUCCUAGUACCCCUUGUUGGGAAACAGUGCCUUAAUCUAUCGCAAGAGUAUUUCGGAAGCACCUGCAUCAAGGCGCAAAGAAGCUAAUUUUUUUCUACUGUGAACAUAUGAACCCAAUACAUUUCGCUUUGGAUAUAGGCUGCUGUAGCCAUGCAGUGGCACCUCAUGCUGUGGGGGAGAAGAUGCUGCUUUACAAUGGGAGCAGGAUGUAGGGGUUUCCUCCCGCUAUAUUGGUUGGAUUAUGUAGCCUGGGGUAGGCUUGCUGGCUAGUUUAGGUUGCACUGUGAUUUGGACCUCAGUUUUACUAAGGUGAUCCAUGCCCCUGUGUUUUUGCUAUUGUCAACAUGUCCCCAGCAUCGGCUGCAACGGCCAGUGAGAGCAACACCACUACUGUUCCAGAGGAGGACACAGAAGAGAGCCCCCGCGAGGAGCAGUGGCCCCUGAAGCAGUCCCUCAGUAAGUCCCUGUGCAGGGAUAGCCACUGGAAAUGCCUGCUCCUGUCCCUACUCAUGUACGGCUGCGUGGGGGCCUUGACCUGGUGCCACAUGACCAAGGUGACACGGCUCACCUUCGACAGUGCCUACAAGGUCAAGUCAAUGAUGUACCAUGAAAGCCCCUGCUCCAACGGAUACAUCUACAUUCCUGUGGCCUUCAUGGUCAUGCUAUACGUGGUCUACCUGGUGGAGUGCUGGCACUGCCGCACCCACAAUGCACUGCUGUACAAGGUGGACGUGGAGAGGGUGGGCGAGCGCAUCGGGCGCAUGCAGCAGGCUACACCCUGCAUCUGGUGGAAGGCCAUCAGCUACCAUUACGUGCGGCGCACGCGGCAAGUGAUGCGCUACCGUAACGGCGACGCCUACACCACCACGCAAGUGUAUCACCAGCGUGUCAACACGCACGUGGCCGAGGCGGAGUUUAACUACGGCAACUGUGGCGGGAAGGACAUCUCCAAGCAGCUGCAGGGCCUGGACAGCUUCCCCAUCACCAAGCUGAGGUUCACCAAGUGCUUUAGCUUCGCCAAUGUGGAGACGGAGAACUCCUACCUAACCCAGCUUCUUCACAGCUUCUUCACCGAGAACGAGGGCCUGGACAACUACAUGGAGGCCCUGGACGACUACAUGGAGAUCUAUACAUCAAGGGUAGAUUCUCACUUCUUGGUCUCCUACUGACAACUUAAUUUCUUACCUUAGAAAUGACAAGCAUUAUCUGCUGGUGUGGUUAUGUGAUUGGAUUGACUGGAUUGAUCACUUAAAGACAUGCUCCAGAGCUUUGGUGAUUAGUAAGUAUUUUUUUAAACUCCUGCUUCAGGCUGAAUGUGUCAGUGUGUAGUUCAAACAUACAUAAUCUACAGGCAGAAUUACUGGCUUACCUCUUAGCCAAAAAAUCCCUAUUUUGAAAGCAACUGUUUACUGGAAGCUGUGCAGCGCUAUUUACCCUACAUUUUCUCCCACGUGUGACAGCCCCCUAGCAAUUCCAGUUCCAGCUAAUUAGCUUUACCUACAAAAUUAUAGACAUAUUUUGUGAAAUCUGGUAAUCAUUUUAUGAGCAAUAACAAAAAAAGCAUUAACCAUAUACUGGUAUAUCUCUUGCAGAUGGUGUAAUAUUGUUUCCUUCUCUUGAAGCAUUUCUUCCUUACACCUAGUACCUUUAUAACACUAGUUGCAACUCGCCACUGGCAAUUGUAACUAGAUGCAUAACAAUGGGGUCUCACCUCAUCUAUAGCACAUCUAUGCAAGCCCCAUUACUCAGGAGGGUAGUCAGGAUAUCCACCUUAUGUUUGUCAUAUAUUCUACCCCUUAACCUUUUAGUAUUAUACCUGUCUAUCGAUUUGAUAGUGCUAGUUGAUUGUUUCCCAGAUAGAAGGCAAUAAGGAUGCGCUUCAGUCCCCAUAUUUACAAAGUCUAAGAGUAGGAGUGCUGAUAUAGAAUCAGUUUAGCCUUUUAGAUCAUAAUGAAUAAGAUUAUAUGGACAAGGGGGACCUGAUCCUAGAUCAGAACUCCUACUCUGAGAAGCUUUAUGAAUACACGUCUAUGUGUGCUCUGAAGUUCCUUGAGUUGGAGACUUUGAACAUGUGUAUCAGCUGAAAAUAAUUUAGCCCUUUAUAGGUUUUUAAAUCAUGGCAUAUGGAGCAGCACAGGACCGGUCCUGGCUGUUUUUCAGCCCUAGGCGAGGCAAAAAUAAAUUGGCCCUCCUAUACCCUACAAAUCUAGAAUAGUCCCAGUAAGCAACAUUUCACUGAAAAGACAUCUAAAAUAGGUAUUUUCCAGGUAUUUUCCAAGUUAGGUUCAUUUUAGGUUCUGAAUGAAAGGUGAAAAUAUGUAUUUUCCGGAUGUUUAAAAUAUGUAUUUCUAGAGGUUGAAAUCAGGUUCAUUUUCGGUUCUGAAUUAAAGUUGAAAAUACGUCUUCUCCGGACAUUGAUAUCAGGUUAAUUUUCAAUUCUGAAUGAAAGUAGACAGUCUAUUUUUGGACCAAAUCAAGGCCAGUCCAGACUGGACCAAAUCUGAACCAAAGACUUCAGUGUCUGUUUGUGCUUACUGGGGUGUAGCCUACAGUGUCAGCCCACAAUGGAAUUUUAUGAAUGCCCCUCCAUGUGGUUGGCCUAUCUUAUUCCUGUGACUAAUCAAUUUGGCUAUUUAUGAAUGUCAGAUACCCAACUUGAUCAGGAGUUAUCCUGAGCCUAUUAGCAAUGUGUUUACACAGCAGGAAGUGCAGAAGUAUUACAUUUUUUCAUGACAAUUAAGCCCACAGGGUGAAACUCCUUGACAGCAGUUGUAAGUAGUCUGAUGGUCUUUAAUUUUACUUUGAUUGGGCGCCAUUAAGGUUAGGCUAUUUGAUUGGAGAAACGUGUAUGAUGUAAAAAGUGUCCAUCGCAUUACAUUGUCAUACAUUUUAUCCCUAGCCUGUAGGCUACAGAAAAUCCACAUACUCUUAAUACCAUAGGCUAAAUCUGCUACAUGAUUUAUGUUAGGUACUGUUUUUACGGAAUGUUGGUGGAACACCGCAGCGAUGCAUCUCUCCAACAGCACCCUGGAGAGGCGCACUGGGAGUGGACAAGCAAAAUAUAUUGCGCCCCUGCCUUCAACAAAGUGGGCACUGCUUAUCACAGGGCGGCAUCAGCACUCACCUAAAAAUUCCAUAUGCCACUGGUUGAGAGAAAUUGUCAUUGUUUUUGGGAAGAAUUAUGUGAGGUUUUAUGUGUUGCUGGAGGUGCGUCUUGGGUCAGUUUAACACUAUAACCAUACUGAUGCUCCUAUAGCAGUCUAGCUGGAGGUCACACAUCAUGGGAGGCAGAGUUCACUCACUCACUCACGCACGCACGCACUCACGCACUCACUCACAGGAAGCCGUCUUUCUCAUUAGCAGUUUUUAUUAGUUCUUUUUUUAGAUCCACUCCUAUUAUGUCCGAGAUCGUUUGAAGUUUGAAAACAGCAGAUAGUGAAGUCCCAGAGUUUUAGAUUUCAAUAAUGGUGAAUAUGAUUACAUUACUGACAUUACCGACUCAAUAGUCCAAUGCUCACUGACCAACCUCUCAUUAAUUAAAAAAAGUUCAGUUAAUUUAGAUAUCUGAUGGCUUCACUGUGAUACGUUAUUGUGUACAAAUAAGUGUUUACCAGUGCUAUGUUUACUGACCAUACAACAAUAAAUAGGAUACAGCUAAAAAAAAGGUGACAGGAAGGUGACAGGAAAAUUCAGAAACCUGAAUAAUGUUUCUCCACCACAGACUGUUAACAUUUAACCCUUUGUCAUAUGUAACAUGGAACUAGGCUUGCAAAAUUCCGGACACUUUCCUAAAAUUACCCAGGUUUCCAGAAAUCCCAGUUGGAAGAUUCCCAUAAACAGGAAAUCCAGAAUCCAGGGUGGCAAGUAGCCUAGUGGUUGGCGUGUUGGACUAGUAACUGAAGCUGACUAAUCCCCAAGCUGACAAGGUAAAAAUCUGUCUUUCUGCCCCUGAACAAGGCAGUUAACCCACUAGGUUGUCAUUGAAAAUAAGAAUUUGUUCUUAACUGACUUGCCUAGUUAAAUAAAGGUAAAAAAUAAAUAAAUAAAAAUCCUCCAACCAGGAUUUCUGGGAAUUUUGGGAAAGUUACCGGAAUUUUACAACCAUACAUGAAACUCAUUAUCAUGUGUACAAAGUGGAAUAAUAAGUAAUAUUACCGUAUGUACUCUCACACCCAUAAGGUUUUUGGGGCUCAUCAUCUUAUGUUGUGUACAAAAUGUUGUGACUUAAGAGUGUUGCGGAAUACAUAUUUUGUACUGUAAAUAAUAUAGAGAUAAUAGGUUAGAAGGACUGUCGGGGUGCUAACAUAAAAUGUACUUAACAGGAUAGUGUUUUGGUUUGCAGAUCGAAAAUCGAUCAAUUUCUACAGUACCAGUCAAAAGUUUGGACACACCUACUCAUUCAAGGGUUUUUCUUUAUUUUGUACU